AUGUCAUCUGGAAACCAACAACCUCUUCUUGCAGAAUACUUGAUUCUAUCGUUACCCCAAUCUACAAAUGCUCAACAAUGGUUGGAGCAAUCAUUAAACAGUGGUAAACAACCUUUGUUCAAGUUAAAUGUUCCUGACUUUCAAAGUGGUACAUUGGAUUCGCUUGUGCAAGAAAGCGAAGAGAUUAGCAAGAUUGAUCAGCAAUUGGGUGGAUCUGUGGCCAAAGUGGUUGAUAUCGUGAACAGUGUCAAUGAUUCCAAGACCAAUUCUCGUAUUGUUCAAUCAAGAUCAGUAUUUGACUAUGUGCAAAACUUUCAGUGGAACACAUCCAAGUAUAGAUUAGACAAACCAAUUAGUCAAUUGGUCAAGAUUAUUGCCAAUGAGGCAUUGGCUUUGGAUAAUGAUGUUAGAGCUUCGUAUCAAGCUUAUCAAACAGCCAAAUCCAAUUUUUUAGCAGCUGAUAGGAAAAGGAAUGGUGAUUUAUCAAUAAAGUCAUUGCAUGAUAUUGUCAAGCCAGAGCAAUUUGUACAAGACUCCGAACAUUUGAUCACCUUGCCUAUUGCGGUACCCAAUAGUAUUGUGUCUGAUUUCAAAAACAAUUAUGAAACAUUGACUCCAUUUGUCAUACCCAGAUCAGCCGAGGUGAUUGAGAAGGAUAAGGACUUUACCUUGUUUGCUGUGACUUUGUUCAAAAAGUAUCAACAAGAAUUUAUAAAUAAUGCACGAGAGCGCAAAUGGCAUCCUCGCACAGAUUUUGUUUAUGAUGAUGAAGUACUUAAUAAUUUAAGAAAAGAGUUUGAUACUACAAAAGCAGCUGAAGUGAAACUGAAAAAUGAACUCAUCAGAUUGAGCAAGACGGCGUACCUGGACAUUUUUGCCAGUUGGUUCCAUAUAAAAAUUAUUAGAGUUUAUGUUGAGGCCGUUUUGAGGUAUGGAUUACCACCACAAUUUGAUAACUUUUUGAUCAAGUUUGAAGGCUCAAACUUGAAGAGCGUUAGUAAAGCCAAGAAGGAGUUGAUUGAAAAGUUUGGUUACCUUGGAGGUGAUGGAUAUUCAAAUAAAGCCAACUUGCACGAAUAUGCUUCCUUGGUUGACACUGACUAUGAGCCAUUCGUAUUAUAUGAGUUUGAAAUUGUCUAG